AUGGAAUUUAAUUCUGAUGGCAUUGCGCAGUCAUUUUAUUUAGAGUAUGCCAAGAUGACAGGGUUUGCUGCUUCAAAAAUAGCUUGUCGUCGAUCAAAGGUAACUAAAGAAUGGGUCGAGGCAAAGUAUGCUUGUACAAGAUUUGGGUCAAAGCGAAAAACUGACGCUCGUAACCCCCGUCCCUGCAUGAAAAUAGACUGCAAGGCAAUGUUGCAUGUCAAAAGAAGGCAAGAUGGGAAAUGGGUUGUUCAAAAUUUUGUGAAAGAGCAUAAUCAUGAACUUUCUCCGGAGGAUGUCCACUACUUUCCAUGUUAUAGAAACAUUGCUUCUGGUGACUUGAACAAUAUUAGUACUUUGCAUUCAGUUGGAGCGAAACCAAGUAAGAUUUUUGUUGCUUUAGCCAAACAGUGUGGAGGAUAUCAGAACAUUGGUUUUUUACAAAAAGACAUGAGAAAUUUUUUGGAUAAGAAACGUCGGUUAGAAUUAGAAUCUGGCGAUGCUAAGGCAAUGUUGGAGCAUUUUACUAGUAUGCAAGAAGAGAAUCCUAAUUUCUUCUACGCAAUGGAUCUAGAUGAAGACCAACGCUUGAGAAAUGUGUUUUGGGUUGAUGCAAAAGGCCGGGAGGACUACAAGAUUUUUGGAGAUGUGGUUUCUUUUGAUACGACAUAUAUCACAAACAAAUAUAAGAUGCCUUUUGCUCCUUUUAUUGGAGUGAAUAAUCAUUUCCAGUCUACAUUACUUGGUUGUGCACUCCUUGCAGAUGAAACCACAUCGACGUUCGUUUGGUUAAUGGAGACCUGGGUUAGAGCAAUGGGUGGAAGAGCUCUUCUUGAUCCAAAAGUUUCAAGCACAAAAGGAGCACCUAAAAGAAUACGAUCUGGAGUUGAGAUCAGUUCAAGAAACGGAUAUUGGGAAUACGCUGGACUAAAUGCUCAAUUUGCACCACAAAAGAAGAAAGUUGGAUUUGCAGCAUAA